AUGCACUCCCAACGUGCCGACCAGAACGUGUUUCGCCUGAAUGCAGACACGCCCUCGCCCGGGCCGGCAACCAGAGCACAGUACAACGAACAUCGCCACGCCACGGCCGACUUCACCACGGAGGCCGACGACGACGACGACGAGGAUGAUGAGGAUGAUGAGGACGCCGAAGCAAACGUAGGACAGGUCAAUGAGCAAGAUGGACACGACCGGCGAGGACGCAGUGGUGGAAUCCCACGACUUCGGCCGGCCUAUUUCCACAACAGCCACGAGGGGCGGCGCAGUUCGAGAGACCUGCUGCCGCUCUUCUCAGCUAGUCAUCUAGAUGCGUUACCAGUCUACAGCAUUGUGCAUGCCAUCCGAAUCAUUGUCCAGACUCGAACCGAGACGACACUCACAUGGGACCAGAUUCGAUCCCCGCAAGUCUCGCAAUUUCUCAUCAAGCCUAUGCAGCAGCAGAUCCGCACCCAGCAUUUCAACCGGGCGACCUUAUAUGCGCUCAUGGCCAACUCCCUGCAGUUUGCCAAGGAGGCGCAGCUCUACCCAGGUAAUGCUGGUGUCAGCGGUACGCGGGCUCAAGUCUGUGAAGUCCUCGCACUUCGACUCUUGAAGGAGUACAGCACGCGGGAGCUCAUUGACGCCCUCUCAUACGACUUCUACCCGUUGCAGGGCGUUCCUGACUGGCCCGCAACUCCCGGCCAACGCAGUGCAGACAAGGCGCGACCGCCCACAGCUCGGUCUUCGACAUUUGAGGUUGCCAUCCGAGCUUCAGCCAAGCACUUUCUAUCUCAUCCCCUUGUUGUACAGCAGCUUGAGGCAAUCUGGAAUGGUGCCAUAUGCUUUUAUUCUUCUCAGGACAGCUUGCACCGGAAGCCACCGCUCAGUCAGACGAAUUCGAGCAGCCAGCAGAGCCGGCCUGUCGAUUCGCGGACACCGUUGCUUACCUUCAAUGUCCCGAAGGAACAGCGAGAAACUCUCCCCGUCCAUGAGGCACCCGUAAGACGGACAGUCUCCCUCUAUGAUCCUCGGAACGCCUCUCUCUUCAAGCUGUCUAGAUUGAGAGUGCCUCGAUACCGACAAUUCCUCUCCACAGCAUCCUUAUUCAUUCUCAUCUGCCUCUUCAUUGCCGUUCUGAUACAGCGUCCAGCCCAGAUCAGCUUGCUGGAGCUGAUAUUUUGGUUUUGGAGUGCGGGUUUCAUGCUCGACGAAGUCGUAGGAUUCAACGAGCAGGGCUUCUCGCUAUACAUCAUGAGCUUUUGGAAUGUCUUUGACCUAGGGAUACUCCUGCUCUUGGUCAUAUACUACUGCAUGCGCGCAUACGGCGUUUUCCUCAUCGACUCACAAGACUGGAACGACAUGGCCUUUGACGUUCUGGCGGCCAACGCUAUCCUUCUCUUGCCUCGCAUUUUCAGCGUGCUUGACCACUAUCCGUACUUUUCACAGCUUUUGAUCGCUAUGCGGCUCAUGGCAGUCGACCUUGCCGCAGUUUUCGUCCUCAUCGUCAUGAGCUGUUCUGGAUUCUUCGUAUUCUUUACCUUUUCUCGCAACAACAACAACGCUGCCGAUGUCGGAUACAGAAUCUUUCAGAUUCUGAUGGGGUUUACACCUGCUGCCUGGGACGCAUGGGACGAGGCUGAUGCACUAGGCAAGGCACUGCUCGUCAUCUUCUUAAUCAUCUGUCACUUUGUCAUUGUGACUGUCUUAAUCACCGUCCUUACGAAUUCAUUCAUGAGGAUUGCUUCCAAUGCGAAAGAAGAGCACCAGUUUCUCUUCGCCAUCAACACCAUUUCCAUGGUCAAGAAUGAUUCCCUGUUUUCGUACAUCGCGCCAUCGAACAUCCUUGCUUGGAUGCUUAUGCCUCUGAGAUACGUGAUGCCAAUCCGACAGUUCGUCAUGCUGAACCGCAACGUCAUCAAGGCUACCCAUUUCCCGCUACUGUUCGGGAUUUUCUUCUAUGAGAGAUACUUGCUCGCCUCUACCAUCUACGAGCCUACUGAUCUCGUCGAUAACCACACCAGGCGUGCCAGUAGGUAUCGAGCCAUGUUUGCCGACCCGAUGAACCGUGGUGGGCUCUUUAGCCCGAACAUUCGCGCACGCGAGGAAUCCGUCGCUGGUAUGCAGAAGGACAGGGCUUUGGAAGAGGUUUUCCGCAGACCACCCGACAUGACUACAUUGCGCAGUCAGAGGAGACAAGAGCGGCGGAAGACUCAGACCGCCAUCAGGAACUGGAUGGACCAAAAUGACGAGAUGGGUGAUACAAUUUCUCACUGGCCGACAAUCGACACUCGCCGGAGUAUCUCACAACGUCGUCUCAGCUUGACCCGCGACAUGCCUCGUGGUGCACGACACUUGUCGGACGUCAGGUCAACUGCAAGCGAUCCCGCCGAUUUGAUAUCAAACAGCGGCUUCCCCUUCGGCACGUUCCGUGAGACGCUUGAGCGUCAGAAUGCGCAGCAGGAGUCUGACAAAGACCACACUGAUGCGGAUGGCGAUGAUGAGCUUGUGACAAAUGACGAGGACGAGGACGAUCACCCAGACGAAAGUCAGUUUGCUGGCACGAACAACAGGAGCUCGCAAGACUACUUUUCCACGCCGUUGACUGCAAGGCGCACGGCUGUUGCUGCCCCGUCCUCAAUGGCCUCCUCAUUCAACCCUUCUGGGAAGGAGUCGUCGCCGCAAGCUCUGCAGCAAGCCCGCCGUGCUGGAAUGCACAAUCGGACGCUUUCAACCAAUACAAUCUUGUAUGCACCACAGGAGUUCGGACGUCGCGGCCCAAGCCCGUCCUCAAUCUCGGAGGAGCCGCCGGGUGCGCGGUCGAGACCACGAACUGCGAAGCUCAUGACCACGAUCGAAUCUUCAGGACCAAGCGGCACCAGGUCCCCCCGGAAGACACAAUACACGACCACCCCAACACGGCCCAAGCCAAUACCUUCCAAAUCUGUCCCUAACAGAAGCCAUAUGCCCCAGCUCGAUUCUCGAUUGAGGCGGCAAGUAUCCUCCAGUGACAUGGACAUCAACUCUGAGAUCGGCCUCGAUGCGCACAACGACUUCGGGGCUGUACCGGCCUCCUUCGCAACACAAAUGGCCAUGGCAACGGGCCAGCUGAAGGGUCUCGGUCGAGGUUCUGCGGACGAGCGUGACAACGCCGACCGCAUGAGCCGACUGGUCUUGGCGCGGAUGAAGACGCUCGAGGAGGGACUCGCUGAUGUGGCCAAGAACAUGCGAGUUCUGCGAAGUGUAGUGCCUACUGCACAGAACUCUGGUGACGACGGCAGCCUGGAUGGACUGAGCAGCGGAGUCGGAGGACCUGGACGGCAAAGAAUCAUCAUCCCUGCUGCUAGCCAUGGGGAUAAACGCAAGUCUUGGACACAGCAGAAGCAGUACAGCAAGGGCGAGCGUAGCCGACCCACGACGGCAAAGACAUCUGAAAAGUCUGGGAGUCGCGGCAGCACUGACGCGAACAAGUCUCCUGAUCUUGAAGGUCGAAGGAAGAAGAGGACGGUCAAGGGCAAAGAGAUUGCUCUGCAGUCUUCGUCAGAUGACGAAAGUGGCUCAGACCACUUUGUUAGCCCGCGAAUGACCUCGCGAAGAGGCUCAUCGUUCUGA